AUGGCCGUUUUGAGUUCCUCACUCUCAGCCUUCUUCAUCAAAAAACUCGUACACCCAUCAAAACCCACUUCAAUUUUCUCACAUUAUUCAACUCACCCGCAUCUCUCUGCCAUGAAUUUCCCUCCAAGAUCCAAACCCAGUUCAGCAGCUUCUGCAACAACCUCUGAGGUUCCUGACCUGCCCUCCAAUGAAAUGGGCAAGAUUGUAGAGCAAACUUUUGAAAGGUACUCAUCUUCUGAUGAGGCCAAGAGGAAUGGUAGUGGGGUUGCCAUUGUUUGGUUCAGAAAUGACCUGAGGGUUCUGGAUAAUGAGGCUUUGGUCAAAGCUUGGGCUUCUUCUCAGGCUGUGUUGCCUGUGUACUGUGUUGAUCCAAGGCUUUUUGGCACCACCCAUUACUUUGGGUUCCCUAAAACUGGAGCCUUGAGGGCACAAUUUCUCAUAGAAUGCUUGGCUGACUUGAAAAGGAAUCUCAUGAACCGAGGGCUGAACUUGCUCGUUCAACAUGGGAAACCCGAGGAAAUUCUCCCUUCCCUUGCAAAAACCUUUGAAGCCCACACGGUGUAUGCACAUAAAGAAUCUUGUAGUGAGGAGCUGAAUGUCGAGCGACUGGUUAGAAAUGGUCUGCGACAAGUGGUGUUGCCGCCAUCUCCUGGGCAAUCCACCAGCCUGAGUUCCUCAAACCACCCAAAAUUACAGCUUAUCUGGGGUAGUACCAUGUACCAUAUAGAGGACCUUCCUUUCAGUACCAGCAGUUUACCAGAUGUCUACACUCAGUUCCGCAAGUCUGUUGAAUCCAAGUGCACAAUCCGGAUAUGCAUUAGAACUCCAACAUUGCUCGGGCCACCACCAAACAUAGAGGACUGGGGAAGCGUUCCUUCCAUCGACCAGCUUGGACUCCAUGAGGAAAAGGUUAGCAGAGGAAUGAGGUUUAUUGGGGGUGAAGCUGCAGCACUGAGCAGAGUAAAUGAGUAUUUCUGGAAGAAGGAUUUGCUAAAGGUCUAUAAAGCAACAAGGAAUGGGAUGUUGGGGCCUGAUUACUCUACCAAAUUCUCUCCAUGGCUUGCUUCAGGAAGCCUCUCCCCCCGGUUCAUAUACCAAGAGGUAAAGAGAUAUGAGAAAGAGAGGCAAGCAAACGAUUCCACAUACUGGGUGUUGUUUGAAUUGAUAUGGAGAGAUUACUUCAGGUUCCUAUCAGUUAAAUACGGGAAUUCUCUUUUUCAUCUAGGUGGACCGAGAAAAGUGGAGGCUAGAUGGAGCCAAGACCAGACCAUGUUCGAAGCUUGGAGAGAUGGUUGUACGGGGUACCCUCUCAUAGAUGCUAAUAUGAAGGAACUGUCAACCACAGGGUUCAUGUCAAACCGAGGAAGGCAGAUUGUAUGUUCUUUUCUCGUUCGAGACAUGGGCAUUGACUGGCGUAUGGGAGCUGAAUGGUUUGAGACUUGCCUCCUCGAUUACGACCCUUGUUCCAAUUAUGGAAAUUGGACCUAUGGAGCAGGUGUUGGGAAUGACCCAAGAGAAGAUCGCUAUUUCAGCAUCCCAAAGCAAGCAAAGACGUAUGAUCCUGAAGGGGAGUAUGUAGCAUUCUGGUUGCCAGAGUUACAAGCACUUCCAAAUGAUAAGAGGAACUUUCCUGGGAAAUCAUACAUUAAGCAAAUUGUACCUCUCAAAUUUGGCAACAUUACUAGCAGUGGUGACAAGGACUCAGCCUCAGCAAGACGAACUGCCUUCAGAGGAAAACAGAGAAAAGGGCAUAUGAGAUAGAAUUAAAGAAAGAAAGACAGAGCAGCAUACCAUUCCAGCAUAAAGACAAUCUUCUUGAGGAAUGAUCGGUCUCUUUUUUCCCCCUUUUUUGCUUCAUUUUUCCCAUCAUAGGAUGGCCUGUCUCAGAAAGAGUGGGAUAUCAAAUAGAGCAGCUUUGACUGUUUUACAAGAAUCCUCAACAGAAAGUUAUGUAAAAUACAGAACAACUUAAUUCCACGAGAUAUAAGAAAGGGUCAAAAAUUAAUUUCCAUAAA